AUGACCAAGUUCGUAAAUACUGCUGAGACAAGAUUCCAAGGUAUGGAAACCAAAUUUCAGAACCAGGAGGCAUCUAUUCGAAACUUGGAGGUACAGGUUGGGAAGAUUGCCAAGAUGCUUUCUUCUAGGCCCCAAGGCUCUCUACCAAGCAACACAGAGACCAAUCCAAGAGAGGAGGCCAAUGCUAUCAUGCUAAGGAGUGGACAGGAAUUACAAGAUCCACCUAUAGCAAUUGAACCUAUGAGAAAGCAAGAGGGGAUGAUCCAAGGAGAAGUACUUCCACCAAGGGAAUCUUAUGAGACCAAACUAAAAGAAGCUGAGACAACACAAAGAAGGCCAAACCAGAUGAAAGCUAAAUGUGAGUAUGAAUGGUCACCAAAAAUCAAGUUUUCAAAUCCUAAUGUCAAGCCAUACGUGCCACCAUUGCCUUUCCCUCGAAGACUCAAGCAACACCAAAAUCAACAAUUCGCCAAGUUCUUUGAGAUGUUAAAGAAGUUGCACAUCAAUAUUCCAUUUGUAGAUGCUAUCACACAAGUCCCUAGUUAUGCCAAGUUCUUAAAAGAGAUUUUAGCUAACAAGAGGAAGUUAGCAGAAUUUGAGACAAUCAAGCUAAGUGAAGAAUGCUCUGCCAUUGUGCAAAACAAGUUGCCACAAAAGCUUAAGGAUCCAUGGAGUUUUACCAUCCCUUGUAUUAUUGGUGAUAUUUGUUUUGAUAAAGUUUUAUGUGAUUUAGGAGCUAGUAUUAAUCUCAUGCCUUUAACUAUUUUCAGGAAAGUAGGUUUAGGAGAACCAAAGCUUACCACAAUCACUUUGCAGCUCGCAGAUAGAUCGAUCAAGCAUCCAAAAGGUAUUGUGGAAGAUGUUUUGGUAAAGAUAGACAAAUUCAUAUUCCUAGUUGGUUUCAUUGUCUUGGAUAUGAUUGAGUGUUGUGAGGAUACUAACCUAGUUUUAAACAGGGAGAAGUGUCAUUUUAUGGUGCAGGAGGGCAUUGUGCUAGGACAUAAGGUUUCCCAUGAAGGAAUUCAAAUGGAUCGUGCCAAGGUUGAGGUGAUUGAGAAGUUGCCACCACCUAGUUCUGUCAAGGCUGUGAGGAGUUUCGCUUUUCACACCUUAAAGGAGAAGUUGAUCACGACACUUGUAAUGGUAGCACCAGAUUGGACGCUUCCAUUCGAGCUUAUGUGUGAUGCCAGUGAUAGUGUAGUUGGACCUGUCUUAGGCCAAUGA